CGAGGCCAUGCUCUACGAGAAGUUCAGCCCGGCUGGCCCCGUGCUGUCCAUUCGGGUCUGCAGGGACAUGAUCACCCGCCGCUCCCUGGGCUACGCCUACGUCAACUUCCAGCAGCCCGCAGAUGCUCAAAGCCAGGUGUUGCGGAGCUGAAGCAGCACAUGAAAGAUGGGACAGGAGAGGUCAUUUUGGAACACGUCUUUUCUGGAAGGAAAAUGGGUCAGCGUUUUCUGCCCCACUUUUCAGAGCUCUGCCUGCUGACUGCUGCAAGUUUCUUGCUCCGUGCUGGGGUUUAACAGCAUCUCUGUGUGACAGAGGCAUCCAAGCAGAGAGAAGAGUGAUCUUUUCCCUCGAGUUCAGAAUCAGUUUACCACAGCACAGAUUUCAGCAAGAAGUAAACUUUACGUUUUUGCAGCGCUUCCAUCCUGUCCCAGGGCAGUUCCUUGUGAUGCCAUUUCCUUGGACUGGUCUGGCUGAGCACUUCUGAUCCUUUCCCUUGUCAUGCUGAUUAAAAGCUGACUUGCACCCCGCUGCAUAAUUUCCCAUUCAUGGCACAAAAAUGCCUUUGUUUUUGGGCAGUGUAUUUGUGUUUUAAAGAUUCUCAGUGAGAAGGAAGGAACCUGAGAGCCUCUAUGUGUGCUCCUGCCCUGAGUGCCUCUUUUGGAAGCACCUUGGUACAUUUAUGUCCUGAACAAAUUUAUCCCAGCUCGCCUUCCUUCCCUAGGCUCUGAUCUCAUUUUGCAGGAUCAGAGAAAUAAAAACAAGCAGCAGAAACAAAGCCAGGAAGGAGCUCCAGCAUGGACUAGAUAAAUUUUGGGGAGAUGGGCAGCAGAAGUGUAGAUGAAGCUCUCAAAGCAGAGAAGAGUGAACUCAGAAGGGAUCAAUGGCUGGUCCCAUGUGCUUUAGCAGAAGCAUUCUGCACCUCGUACAAAUGGGGGCCUUCCCAAUGUAUUCCAAGCUGAGCGAGCUCUCGAUACCAUGAAUUUUGAUGUGAUCAAAGGGAAACCCAUUCGCAUCAUGUGGUCUCAGAGGGACCCUUCCCUCAGGAAGUCAGGGGUUGGCAAUGUCUUCAUCAAGAACCUGGACAAAUCCAUUGAUAACAAGGCACUUUACGACACAUUCUCAGCGUUUGGAAACAUUUUGUCCUGCAAGGUGGUGUGUGAUGAGAAUGGCUCUAAGGGCUACGCCUUUGUGCACUUUGAGACCCAGGAUGCUGCAGAUAGGGCCAUCGAGAAGAUGAACGGCAUGCUGCUCAACGACCGCAAAGUGUUUGUCGGGAGAUUCAAGUCUCGUAAAGAGAGGGAGGCUGAGCUGGGAGCCAAGGCAAAGGAAUUCACCAAUGUCUAUAUUAAAAACUUCGGGGAUGACAUGGAUGAUGAAAGACUAAAAGAGCUCUUUGGCAAAUAUGGUAAAACUCUGAGUGUUAAAGUGAUGACAGACCCUACUGGAAAAUCCAAAGGCUUUGGCUUUGUAAGCUUUGAAAAGCAUGAAGAGGCCAACAAGGCAGUGGAAGAAAUGAACGGGAAGGACAUCAAUGGCAAAAUGCUCUUUGUGGGCAGGGCACAGAAGAAGGCUGAGCGCCAGGCAGAGCUGAAAAGAAGGUUUGAACAGCUAAAACAAGAGAGACUCAGCAGGUACCAGGGUGUUAACCUGUACAUUAAAAACCUAGAUGACACUAUAGAUGAUGAAAAACUCAGGAAAGAGUUCUCACCUUUUGGGUCUAUAACAAGUGCCAAGGUGAUGCUGGAAGAUGGACGGAGCAAAGGGUUUGGCUUUGUCUGCUUUUCCUCUCCAGAGGAGGCCACCAAAGCUGUGACGGAGAUGAACGGGCGCAUCGUGGGCUCCAAGCCCCUCUAUGUGGCACUGGCCCAGAGGAAGGAGGAGAGGAAGGCCCAUCUCACCAACCAGUACAUGCAGCGCAUCGCUGGCAUGAGGGCCUUGCCUGCCAACACCAUCAUCAACCAGUUCCAGCCCGCUGCUGGCGGGUAUUUCAUGCCUGCUGUGCCCCAGGCUCAGAGCAGACCCACUUACUAUGCACCCAACCAAAUGACACAGAUGAGACCCAACCCACGAUGGCAGCAAGGAGGGAGACCUCAAGGCUUCCAGGGAAUGCCGAGCGCCAUGCGGCAGUCGGGGCCCCGGCCCGCCCUGCGCCACCUGGCCCCCGCCAGCGCCCCGGCCUCCCGCGGCCUCCCUGCUGCUGCCCAGAGAGUUGGUGUUGGCACAGCAGCACAGAAUUUGGCUCCCCGUCCUCCUGUAGCUGCCCCUGCUCCCAGGGCUGUCCCUCCUUACAAAUAUGCCUCAAGUGUCCGCAGCCCACACCCAGGUGUCCAGCCUCUGCAGGCACCUCAGCCUGCAGUGCAUGUGCAGGGCCAGGAGCCCCUGACAGCCUCCAUGCUGGCUGCUGCCCCUCCCCAGGAGCAGAAACAGAUGCUGGGAGAACGUUUGUUCCCUCUGAUCCAAGCUAUGCACCCCAGCCUGGCUGGGAAGAUCACAGGAAUGCUGCUAGAGAUUGACAACUCAGAGCUGCUGCACAUGCUGGAAUCCCCAGAGUCCCUCCGCUCCAAGGUGGAGGAGGCUGUGGCAGUGCUGCAGGCUCACCAAGCCAAGAAAGAAGCUGCCCAGAAAGUGGGAGUGGUUGCUGCUACCUCUUGAACCAGGAUGACUGGAUACAAAGAAGCCAAAUAGCCCCUUCCUAGACAUCAGCUCAAGAUGUUUGAAGAUCCUUCACUGUCCUGCAGAUCUCAAGGCCAUGCAUUGUAUCACAUAGUUAUAUUGCAUUUUGUAAAUUAAUCUUAAAGAUCUUAUUUAAAAAGCCAACUCUGAAGCUCGAGGUUUCCAAAACCAGAAUCUGGGGGGUUUGCAAGCUUUUCCUGUGCCAGAGCAGAGCUGCCCCCUGUGUCUUCUAAAGAGGACGUUGAGGAUUUUAGGCUGGAAGUAUUUUUGGGAGUUUGUGUUUAAUUGAAUAAUCCAGUUUGGAAAGUUUGGGAAACAUUUAUCAAUAAAGGAAUAAACUUGCA